UCCUCUGUUGCUCCACAGCAUGGAUAUCAGGUGUGACUGUGCCCCUGCCGAGGACAGGAUUUUGAACCCCAUCCUCUUCAACAUUCUCAGCCGAAUAGACGACAGCCAGCUGCGGCCACACAGAUGCAACUGCGAGCUGCGACGGACAGUCUGCCUGAAAAAGACUUCAGAAAUUUGCAAGGCGGCGUCAGCGGUUUUGGUAAAAACCAUCCACUUCAUGAAGAACUUGCCUGCUUUCCACCAACUUCCGCCGGAGGACCAGUUCUCGCUCCUCAAGAGCUGUUGGGCGCCCCUCUUCAUUUUGGGUCUGGCGCAAGAGCAUGUGGAUUUUGAGGUGACGGACAUCCCUGCUGACAGCAUGCUGAAGAAGAUCCUGCUGCGGCAGCACAGCGGUCCUGAGUCAGAGCGGGAGCAGCCCACCAUGGCGGGCGUCAGCAAGCUCAAAUCCUGCCUGAAAAAGUUCUGGAGCUUGGACUUGAGUCCCAAGGAGUACGCUUACCUGAAAGGAACCACAAUCUUCAAUCCAGAUGUUCCAGAGCUGAAGGCCGCUCUGUUCGUGGAGGGUCUCCAGCAGGAGGCCCAGCAUGCCCUCUGUCAGGUGGUGCAGCUCCUUCACCCGGGUCACCAAGACCGCUUCGCGAGCAUCCUCCUCACGGCCUCCAUGCUGCAGAGCAUCACGCCCAGCCUCAUCACGGAACUCUUAUUCAGACCUGUCAUCGGGCAGGCCGACCUCCUGGAGCUGCUGGUGGACAUGCUCUUCUGCAGGUAGAGCCCAGCUGGUCCUGGAUCAGACUUCCACGCGGACUUUACUGCGUCUCGCCAGCUUUGACAGAAGACACUU